GGGGAAAGGAAAAAAAAAAAUAAAAAGAGAGAGAGAGAGAAGAGAGAGAAACCGGCUUCGUGUCCGUAGGAAACAGAAGUAGGGAUUGUUUGUGCUUAAAAAAGGGGGAGCGCAAAGUCGCGGGCGGAGGCAGCGGCCGCGGACCGGCAAGUGCAGCUUCACUUCGCGGCGCUGGAAGAGGAGGCGAGCGGCUGUCACUGCGCGCCGGGCGGCUGCCCCGCACCGCGGGCACCCGCGCAGCCCCCGCCCCGCUCGCUGCUCGCCCUCGGCUCCCGCUCGGGGCGAGAGGCGCGGCCGCAGCCGGGCAGCGGCGGGACGGCCCAGCUCCGCGGCUCCCCCGCGCCCUGAGCGCCGGCGGCGGGACGCGGCAGCCCCAUCCGCCCGCCCGCCCGCCCCGCCGGACCCGCCGCCGCCCUCCUGGAUGCUCCGGAGCCGCCGCCGGCCGGGAUCGCGCCCGCCCGCUGCGCGGAGGCUGCGCGGGGCGGCGGGAGUGAAGCUGCUGCGCGGAGCGGGAGCGGCGAGGGAAGCAGCAGCCGGGCGGCCGGACAGCCCUGCCGUGUCCUCCGCGGGCGCGGCUCGUCUCGCUCGGCCCUGCCCGGCCCGGACUAGAGCGGCGGAGUGGGAUGAAAGGGGGGAUCCCGAGAGGGAGUGGUGGAUGCACACUGCUACGGAAGACUUUUCUUCGGAGCUGUUGCGGCUCAAGUCUCAGAUCCCGACUGUGAACAGGUCACCCUAAAGAAUGGCCGAGCCUUCUGGGAACGAGCUGGCGUCCGCGGCUGCCAAGGGGGACCUAGUGCAACUUACUAAUUUGUUGCAAAAGAAUGUAAACGUCAAUGCACAAAAUGGAUUUGGGAGGACUGCGCUGCAGGUCAUGAAACUGGGGAACCCCGAGAUUGCCCGGAGGUUGCUCAUGAAGGGGGCGAACCCCAAUCUGAAAGACAGUACUGGCUUCGCUGUAAUUCAUGAUGUAGCCAGAGAGGGUUUUCUGGACACUUUGCAGACUCUGCUGGAGUUUGAAGCUGAUGUUAACGUUGAGGAUAACGAGGGCAACCUGCCCUUGCACUUGGCGGCCCGGGAGGGGCACGUACGGGUGGUGGAGAUGCUGCUGGAGCACGGGCAGUGCAAGGUGGGCCACCAGAACAAGCGGGGGGCCACCGCCUACGACCUGGCCAAGCUCUACAAGAGGUCCUCCGUGGUGAAGCUCUUAGAGGACAGCAGCUUCUUCCCUGCAGACAUGAAUUAAAAUCCAACCUGGACGUGCCCGCCUUUGGACAUUGCGGCUUUCAGCCUUCUUCUUUCUUUCUUCCUUUUGAAUAACAUUUGUAGCUACCUUUUUAUUUUUGUUUUGUUUUGUUUUGUUUUGUUUUUAUUUUUUUAAAAACAUCUUCUAGUGUAAGUCUCAAGAAAUUCUAGAGGUGGGGUUUUAGGUCGUGGAAAUGUUUUAAAUCAACGCUCCCAGCGAUUUCUUACACCUGCCAUUUACCGACUGCUCACAGACCCGGCCGUGUAUCUGUUGGUUGCUCAUACUAAGUUUUCCAAGUAUCGACUUUUGCCAUUUCUUUUAGGUCAUUAAGUAAUGAAUACAAGAGCUACAUAUUCACAUGCUUAAUGUUGCUGGACUUUUAAGAAAAGGAAAGAGCUGACUGUGAUGUCUCCCACCUCUAAACUCCAGCUCCCUCCCCCCCCGCCCCCGGCUCCUCUCCCCCUCCGGUCAGGCUUGAGAGUUCGAAGUCCGGUUUUGGCUUAAAACAGCCUUUUAAGGGGUAACCUACAACCCUCUGCUCAGGCAGAGCUUGAAGUCAAAGGCUGCUUGGCCUGAGGACAGAGGAUGGCGCUUAGAGGCUUUGGGGAAUAGCUGCAUUUUCACACUAACAAGAGCUUGUAGAAGUAGGUCACUUACUUUCUAAAUGUAGAUGACACUUUUCCCCUUUGUGUAUUUAAACUUUCACCAAGCUGGUUUUGAAUUUAGUUACCAGAAACAGUGUAAGUGGUGUUUUUUUGGUUGCCAGAGGUUUUAAACAACUCAGUUGAGUAGUUCGUGUUUACUGUGCACUGAACAAGAUGGUUUUUUCUAGUUUCAAAACAAGCAGCAGAGAGUCACUGGCAGAGGCAGGGGGACACGGAGGCUGCCACACACCAAGUUUUCUGGUCUCUUCGUAAACUGAGUGGCGUUUAGAUGCUCUUUAAGGAAUAUUUGCUUUCCACCAACUCUUCUGUCUUGCCUGGGAAGAAACUAUUUUAAUGACAUAGAUGCAUCUCACAGAACAGGAAUAUUUGAAUACAGUGACACUUCGGAAGCAGCACGUUUGGUAUUCGGGAACUCAUGUUAUUGUUUGCACCUAAACACGAUUUAACCACUGAAAAAUUUCCAUUGCGAUACAGCUGAGAGUAUUAAUCAGACCAAAACUCAUUUACCUCUCCAGCUACAACAGGAGCUAACGAAGCUCAGCAGUACAUCAGAAAAAAAUAUAGUAUUAUACUUUUAAUAUAUGUACAGGAACUAAUUAUUGGGCAGAUGGGGAGUUUAUUUUGAAUAGUGUAAAUUUUAAUUGCGCAAUAUAUAAGGCUUCAAAUAAUUGUAAAAUUAAGAGUACUUAAAAUAGUACCUAAAGGAGGAGGGGUGUACAUUAGUUUAGAUUUUUAACUCUUCAAAAAGUAUUUUAGCCCCAAAGAAUCAGUUACUAUCGUUUUCGAGUAAAAAGUAAUUUGCUGAAGCUGUCUGCCAGGUUUCCUAUAAACUGUCACACUGCUGUGUUUUCUGAUUAAAAACCUCUGGGAAACAUGAA